AAUAAAAAAUAAUUCUAGCCUCCAUAAAAAUAAUAUAUUUUUGAAAAAUGAUGAGCAAAAUUUCUAGGUUAGAUCAGAACGAUGGAACUGCAAGAUAUCAAUUAUAAUAAACUGGAUUAUGUAGAAACAGCUUCAGGAAACAAAGUAUGUCGUCAAACAGUUUUGUGCGGAUCACAAAAUAUAAUUCUGCAAGGUAAAGUCAUUGUCCAAGCUGAAGCAAUCAUAAGGGGCGACUUGGCUAACGUUAAAACAGGACGUUACUGUAUAAUUAGUAAGGAGGCAGUGCUUAGGCCACCCUACAAGAAGUUUAGCAAAGGUGUAGCUUUUUUCCCGCUAAGCAUUGGAGAUCAUGUUUUUAUUGGCGAAAGGACUUUAAUUAAUGCAGCCCAAAUUGGGAAUUAUGUUCACAUAGGAAAAAAUUGUGUUAUAGGUCGGCGAUGUAUACUUAGGGACUGCUGUGUGAUUGAAGAUAAUACAAUUCUAGCACCGGAAACGGUGGUACCCCCAUUUUCAAGGUACGGUGGUGCACCAGGAGUUCCUGUGGGAGAUUUGCCUGAAUGCCAACCCGAUUUAAUGAUUGACUAUACGAGGAGUUACUAUCAGCAUUUUCAACCAACUAAACUUAUAUAGCAUCUUUAUUUAGAUCUUACAAUAUUGCUAAUCUUAAGUUUUAUGUGAUAUAUCUAAAAAUAUUUAACACAGUAAACGUAUUUUAUAAUUAUUAAAUAAUUAUGUACAUUUUUAUAUUUUCCCGCAGGGUAACCCAGCGUUCUAGAAAUGCCUUGCAUGAAGUUUUCUGGUAUGAAAUUUUUUAUUUAAAUCUGUUUUACAAAAUAUAUGGACAAUAACAGGGUGGUCUGAAUUGUAUUUGGGAAACUUCGGUAGCACAUUUUGCAAAUAAAAAUAAGUAAAAAAGUUUGUAUAAUGGUAUAUCCUAAUAUGUUUCGUUUCACAGAUACAGAUACAGGGUGUAAGUAGUUUUAUUUUUAUUUCAGUUUUUUCCAAAUAAUUUCUGUUUUUUGUCAUGAGAAAAUUUAUUUCGUUGUAAAUAUGACCCCCUACUUGUAGAGGGUACCACCUAGGUACAUUUUCCUAUUUUUCAGCUGGUUUGAAGAGUAAUAACUUUUCGUCCGUACCUGUAUAAAAAUAAUGAGUGAAAAAAUAUACAUUUCCCAUAUUUUUUAUGUAAAAAAAGUCUCUUGGUAAAAAUCGCUAAGAGCAACCGUUUUCAAGAUAUUUUGAAUGAAAAUAGUCAAUACAUGUCAUUAUUGAAAAGUAAACAUGUUGAAUAGAUAGUUAUUUGAUUGAAAUGAUAAAUUUGCAAACCUAUUUUUUAAGCUAUUCAUGUUUCUGUUGAAUCUUUGGCACAAAAACAUUUCAAAUUUAUUAUUUGUCUAAUAGCUAUUUAGUCAAUAUGUAUAAUUUUCAAUUAUGACAUGUAUUGAUUA